AGAGAUAUUUGACCUGUUAACAGGAUUUUCCAGUUGGUGAUGUUUAACUGAUUUCUUGUUUUCCAAUUUAGGAGAAUUGUUUUCUUUGCGGCAGCUGGGGGAUGCGGCAGCCUGAAAUAUGUGAUAUGUGAUCUAUGACUUGUGCCCAAAAUUGUCUAACCGGUCUACAGUGCCAGAAAGCAUGCAUGUAACUGUCAGCGAUGUGCUGUGUGCAAUAAGUGCAUUUAACUGAUGCCUGAUGUAGGAUUGUUCCAGAUUGGUGAGAUGGUGCAAAAGUGGAACCUUUAAUGAGGAGUGUUUCUCAGCCCACUGUCUGAGGCUAUGAAAAUAUUUUGAAAAACAGGUGUUGUGCUUAAUUGUUUGACUGAUUAAUGGAAGAUCUGUGAGUUUUAUAUCCUUACAUAUAGCACAUGUUCAGUUUCUAAACAGUGUGAAUCCAGAUGUGAGACUUAGUGGAAAUUUCACAAGUCACAACUUUGAUCGUUAAGUCCCAUUUAACUCCUCUAGGAAAGCUCCAAACAGGUUGUGCUUGUGAUCAUUUCAUUGUGAGGAAAUAAUGGGAUUAAAUUCCCCUCAAUGACAGUUGAUCAAGACUUGCUGCCAAACUUGCUCUUUUUGCAGAACUUACAGAUUUUUAGGAAACCCCCCCAACUAUUUCCCUUUCAUUAUUAAAUCCUCCACAUGAACAAUUAUAGCUUUUUGCUAAGCAGAGACUAAGUUUCUUCUGAAGGUGUAAAUCACAUUAAAAGUAUGAAACCGUCACAUAACCGGUUUGAGUUCUCACGACUGACUUCAUAGGAAUUUUUCACCUAUGUGCACAAUGACCUGGGGUUAGGGGUGUGGCUAUCCUUGUGAGAGCAUGCAGGGCGGGAGUAUUGCUUCGCUCUAACUCCUCUCACUUCCUGAAGUAAAGGCUCUCUAAAUAUGUGAAGACACAAACAAAGUAACAUUCUGGACCUUUGACACGCCAGUCCAAGGAUUAUUAAUCGACAUCAAAGUUACUUGCAAAUUGCUGGUAUAGAGUAUGUUCCUGUGGCAAUAUCUGACACCCAUCCUGCUGAUAACAGUUCAGAUAUGCAAAGCUCAGAUAUGCCAUAAGUUUACAGAUCUAAAGCUUGCCCAUGCAAUCAUUGGCACCAGCCUCCGUGUUAGGUUGUUGCUGCACACCAGGAGUAAUGUCACCUGCGGGAUUCUUUUAUCUCAUACCAACCUGACGGAGCAUCCUCAAUUUAACUUGUCUCGACCCACUACAUUCAUCAUCCAUGGGUAUCGACCGUCUGGUUCUCCUCCCGAGUGGAUGGACAAGUUCACGGAACUGCUGCUGGCCAGGGAAGACUUCAAUGUUAUAAUAGUGGACUGGAACCAUGGAGCAACUAAUUUAAAUUAUUUAAAGGCAGUGGCAAACACACACAAAGUAGCAGAGAACCUCACAGCUUUCAUUAAAUUAAUGCAGGAUCAAGGUGCCCCUGUGAGCUCCAUUCACCUGAUCGGGGUCAGUCUCGGAGCUCAUAUAUCAGGGUUCGUGGGUGCCAAUAUAAAUGGGACAAUUGGAAGAAUUACAGCUCUGGAUCCUGCUGGGCCUCAGUUCACUGGUAGACCUCCAGAGGAGCGACUGGACCCCACAGAUGCCCACUUUGUUGAUGUGCUGCACACAGACAUAGAUGCUCUGGGUUUCAGGGAGUCUCUGGGUCACAUUGAUUUCUAUGCCAAUGGAGGAACAGACCAGCCUGGUUGCCCAAGAACCAUUUUUUCCGGGGGGUCCUACUUUAAAUGUGAUCACCAGAGAUCAGUGUUGCUUUUCAUGGAUACUGUGGAUGGGAUGUGUACCAGUCCGGCCUAUCCCUGUUCAUCCUACAAAGACUUUCUGGAUGGAAGAUGCUUGAACUGUGAUCGCUUUGGGGAUGCUGGAUGCCCUGUGUUUGGUUACGAUUCCAUACGGUGGAAAGGUGUCCUGCAGGAGCAAACAAAGGUUUACUUCAAAACAAAUUCAGAGUCUCCGUUCUGCAUGACCAACUACAGGGUGGAUGUGAUGAUCUGGAACAAGAGCAUGCGACAGGGAUACAUGACUGUUAAACUCUAUGAUGACAAUAAAGUUGCAGUGGCAACCAUCAAUGACAAACGAUGGGCAUUCAAGAAGUACACAGAAACCAAACUGUUCGCUCAGUUUGACAAAGACAUUCAGUCAGUGAAGAAGAUCUCUGUCAAAUACUCCACUGGGAAUGUGUUCCAGCCCAAUCAAAAGCUUCGAAUUCUCAGAUUUCGUGUCACACACCUGGAACGCAAAGACAGGCCCCUAUGCCGAUAUGAUGUUCUUCUUGAGGGCGACAAAGAGGUCACCUUCAAGCCUCUUCCAUGUGAAGAAUCCAACUUCUGAGUCUGUAUCAAACCUCGAUUUAAAAAUAAAUAAA